UGACAUUGUUGUGUUGGGCAAUGGGGAGAAUGCUCAGACUCUGCUCGUCUUUUCUCGUUUUGCAAGUGCUUCUCUUCGCAGUUCUACAUUCUGCCGUCGCUGCAGAUCCGCUCCAGAUCCCACCGACUCCAACCCCCGAAAGUGUAGGAAUCCACUCUCCCUCUCCCACUGCGCUACCCCCUUCUCCUGAAACCAGUGCUCCAUCGCCGGGACCGUCGUCUGAAGCUGCCCCUUCGCCUCAAUAUCACUCUCCUCCUGCGCCUACUCCGUCAGAUCUACCGCCUAACUCUUCUCCAACACCAUCCCCUGAACCAUCGUUGCCGUCUCCAUCACCUUACGAUGCCAGCGACAUCACUCACAACGCCAAAGGUACCGCCCAGGAUUCGACGGCAGAUGCCAAAGGCUCUUCUUCGGGUGACGGACUAAAAGGUGGACAGAAGGCAGGGAUCGCCGUUGGUGUCAUCUUCGCCGCUUGCAUCGUCGGACUGUUCGGUGUCAUUUACAAGAAGCGUCAACAGAACAUCCGAAGGUCGCAGUACGGUUACGCCGUUAGGAGAGAGCUUCUCUGAGGUCGAGGUCUCACUCAGCCUAUUAAAGCCUUAGAAAGAAAAAGCAUAUAUUACCUUAUACUCGUUAGUAGUUCCAUUCAUUCUUUUCUGUCUUUUUUUUUUUUUUUUUUUUUUUUUUCUUUCUUUCUAAAUUUCUUGAAUGAUCUUGAGAUUGGUUAAGCAUGAUUUGUUAUAUUCUUUCAGAUUCAGGAACAAAACUUUCAGUUAUUUAUAUGGAUGAUUUGAUAA